UUUCACGGUUUUCACGAAGGCUUCGUGUGCUAGGCUGAGGGAAUUGGGGUGCCUCCCUCCUGCCUCUCCUUUCUUGAUUCUGGAAUCUUCAAUGGGCUUUUCUCGGUUGCUGGGACCCGGAUAGGCAGCGGCUUCGGCUCCAGGGGCGGGUCCCAAGGGUCUCGUCGCUGCUCCGGGGCUGUUGGCCUCCUGGUGUUGGGGGAGGGGCGAGGGAGGUGCUGCUCGCGCCUCCUUUUGCGCAUGUGCGGCGGGCUACGAGCGGGUAGCAGCGCGUGCGCGGUGACGUGGACGUCCGGUGCGCGCGCAGGCUCUUCAGCUGGAGCAGACACACGGUGUGCGAACCGAACAGAAUAACCCGCCCCCAGCGGGAUGUGAAGGACUACGGGUGAGGCCGGCCACGCCCCGCACGGCUGGGAAGGCCAUUGUGACUAUGUGGUGACUACAGUUAUCUUACUGAGUUUCCUGCUGGAAUCAUGGAGGAGAAACAGCAGAUUAUAUUGGCUAAUCAAGAUGGUGGGACAGUGGCAGGAGCAGCAUCUACCUUCUUUGUCAUCCUCAAACAGCCAGGAAAUGGCAAAACUGAUCAAGGAAUUUUGGUUACCAAUAGGGAUGCCUGUGCUUUGGCUAGCAGUGUGUCAUCACCAGGAAAAUCUAAAGGAAAGAUUUGCCUUCCAGCUGAUUGUACUGUGGGAGGAAUCACUGUCACCUUGGAUAACAAUAGUAUGUGGAAUGAGUUCUAUCAUCGAAGCACAGAGAUGAUUCUGACCAAGCAGGGAAGACGCAUGUUUCCUUACUGUCGUUAUUGGAUAACAGGUUUAGAUUCAAAUAUGAAGUAUAUCCUUGUUAUGGAUAUAUCUCCUGUGGAUAACCAUCGUUAUAAGUGGAAUGGUCGUUGGUGGGAACCUAGUGGAAAGGCUGAGCCCCAUGUUUUGGGGAGGGUUUUUAUUCAUCCAGAAUCUCCUUCCACCGGUCAUUACUGGAUGCAUCAACCAGUAUCUUUCUAUAAACUUAAACUUACUAACAAUACACUGGACCAAGAAGGGCAUAUUAUUUUGCACUCUAUGCAUCGUUAUCUGCCACGGCUUCAUUUGGUACCUGCAGAAAAGGCUACUGAAGUGAUACAAUUAAAUGGCCCUGGUGUCCACACUUUUACCUUCCCACAGACUGAAUUUUUUGCAGUAACAGCGUAUCAGAACAUUCAGAUUACCCAGCUGAAAAUAGACUACAAUCCAUUUGCUAAAGGCUUCCGGGAUGAUGGACUGAAUAGUAAGCCCCAGAGAGAUGGAAAGCAAAAAAACAGUUCUGACCAAGAAGGGAAUAGUGUUCCCAGUUCUCCGGGUCAGCGGAUCCGUCUUACUGAAGGUGAGGGGCCAGAGCUACAGCUGACUGAUUCAGAUCCUUUAUCAAGGGGUCAUGAAACAUCAGGCAAGGGUUUGGAGAAGGCUUCCCUUAAUAUAAAUCGAGACUUCCUUGGUUUCAUGGAUAUUGACUCAUCAUUUGGUGAAGUUCCUCAGUUGAAGCAAGAAGUUUCUGAAAGACUUGUUGCCAACAAUUUUGAAGACAGUUCCCAUGUGGCAUCACCAUUAGAUCCAAAUGGAACCUUCAAUGUUGUCAUUAAAGAGGAGCCUCUAGAUGAAUAUGACUAUGAACUUGGUGAGUUCCCAGAAGGGGUCACUGUGAAACAGGAAGAGACGGAUGAGGAAACAGAUGUAUACUCAAACAGUGAUGAUGAUCCUAUACUAGAGAAGCAGCUAAAGAGGCACAAUAAAGUUGAUAACCUCGAAGCUGACCAUUCGUCUUCUGAAUGGCUACCAAGUAGCCCAUCAGGUGUUGCUAAAGCUAAAAUGUUCAAAUUAGAUGCUGGAAAGAUGCCAGUAGUCUAUCUGGAGCCCUGUGCUGUCACCAAAAGCACAGUGAAGAUUUCUGAGCUCCCUGAUAACAUGCUUGCCACAUCUCGGAAGGAUAAAUCUGUGUUGACAGAAUUAGACUACUUGCCUGCGUACAUUGAAAAUUCCAAUGAGACUGGCCUCUGCUUAGGCAAGGAGUCAGAAAAUGAUCUUAGAAAGCAUUCACCAGAUCUCAGAUUAGUACAGAAAUACCCCUUACUUAAAGAGCCUCAGUGGAAAUAUCCUGAUAUCUCUGACAUCAUUAACACAGAAAGAAUACUUGACAGUUCAAAGAGUUCAGUUAGGGACUCAUUUUUAGGAAAAGAGGACUUGGGCAGAAAGAGAACAACUAUGCUUAAGAUUUCAACAGCCUCCAAGACUGUGAAUACUAAUCAGAAUGCUUCUCAAAAUGUCACUGGAAAAAGAGGAAGACCACGAAAAUUGAAACUGUCUAAGGCAGGGCGACCACCUAAAAAUACAGGAAAAUCUCUAACUUCUACAAAGAACACUCCUAUGGGCCAUGGGAGUACCUUUCCAGAUGUGAAGCCUGAUCUGGAAGACGUGGAUGGUGUUCUGUUUGUUUCCUUUGAAUCGAAGGAUGCGAUAUCAGUUUUGGGGAAGGUGGUAGUUCAAAAUACAAUGGGCUUAAAAUUGAAUUCAGUGGAUCCAACAAUGAGCAUUGAUCUUAAAUACUUGGGAGUACAGCUACCUUUGGCUCCAGCCACUAGCUUUCCUUUCUGGAACCUUACAGGAACCAACCCUGCCUCUCCUGAUGCUGGAUUUCCCUUUGUUUCUAGAACAGGGAAGACCAAUGACUUCACUAAGAUCAAGGGAUGGAGGGGAAAAUUUCACAGUGCUUCUGCAUCUAGGAAUGAAGGUGGAAAUUCAGAAGGUUCACUGAAAAACCGUUCUGCUUUCUGCAGUGAUAAGCUAGAUGAGUACUUGGAAAACGAAGGCAAGCUGAUGGAAACAAGUAUGGGUUUCUCUUCCAAUGCUCCCACAUCUCCUGUAGUAUACCAGCUUCCCACCAAGAGUACCAGCUAUGUCCGAACACUUGAUAGUGUACUAAAGAAGCAAUCUACCAUUUCCCCUUCUACCUCUUCCUCUUUGAAGCCUCAUUCUGUACCCCCUGCCUCUCGAAAGGCAAAGUCUCAAAACAAACAGGCAUCUUUGGGUGGCCGAACUAAAUCAUCUUAUAAAUCUAUUUUACCAUAUCCUGUUUCACCAAAGCAGAAACACACUCAUACGGUUCCAGGAGAUAAGGUUACCAAGACUUCUUCAAGCACCAUCUCAGAAAAUCAGGUGAAUAACUUUGUUGUGCCAACUUUAGAUGAAAAUACAUUCCCAAAGCAAAUUAGUUUGCGGCAGGCACACCAGCAGCAACAGCAGCAACAGGGAACCCGCCCUCCAGGCUUAUCUAAAUCUCAAGUGAAGCUAAUGGACCUGGAAGACUGUGCUCUUUGGGAAGGAAAACCAAGGACCUAUAUCACUGAAGAGCGAGCAGAUGUAUCCUUAACAACUCUGCUUACGGCUCAAGCAUCUCUCAAAACUAAACCCAUCCACACAAUCAUAAGGAAACGAGCCCCUCCAUGCAACAAUGACUUCUGUCGAUUGGGUUGCGUAUGCUCCAGUCUAGCUUUGGAGAAGCGCCAGCCUGCUCACUGUCGCCGACCAGACUGCAUGUUUGGCUGCACUUGUUUGAAAAGAAAAGUUGUGCUUGUUAAAGGGGGAUCCAAAACUAAGCAAUUCCAGAGGAAAGCUGGUCAUCGUGCUGUAGCAUGUUAUGAUACUUUGGGAGAGGAGCAAAGAGAAGAAGAAGAGGGAGUCAGAGAAGAGGAAGAACAAUUGAAAGAGAAAAAGAAGAGAAAGAAGCUGGAAUACACUAUAUGUGAAACAGAGCCUGAACAGCCUGUUCGGCAUUACCCAUUAUGGGUGAAAGUAGAAGGUGAAGUAGAUCCAGAGCCAGUUUAUAUCCCAACGCCUUCUAUCAUUGAGCCUACAAAACCAUUGUUGUUGCCUCAACCAGAAGUUUCAUCUACUGUGAAGGGCAAACUGUUCACUGGAAUUAAACCUACACGGGCAUAUACUCCCAAACCCAAUCCUGUGAUUCGGGAAGAGGACAAGGAUCCAGUCUACUUGUACUUUGAAAGUAUGAUGACUUGUGCCCGAGUUCGAGUGUAUGAACGAAAAAAAGAACAGAGACAGCCAUCACCAUCCCCAUCCCCAUCAUUUCAGCAGCAGGGCUCAUGUCAUUCUAGUCCUGAGAACUGUAGUACAAAGGAGCCCAAUUCUGAACAGCAGCCCUUGAAACCAAUUACCUGUGACCUGGAGGAUGAUUCUGAUAAAUCACAAGAAAAGAGCUGGAAGUCUUCCUGCAAUGAAGGGGAAUCCUCUUCUACCUCCUAUGUGCAUCAGAGGUCACCUGGUGGUCCCACCAAACUGAUAGAAAUCAUCUCAGACUGCAACUGGGAGGAGGAUCGGAACAAGAUUUUGAGCAUCUUAUCCCAGCACAUCAAUAGCAACAUGCCACAAUCACUUAAGGUGGGCAGCUUCAUCAUUGAGUUGGCUUCUCAGCGAAAGAGCCGGGGUGAGAAGAACCCCCCUGUUUAUUCUUCUCGUGUGAAAAUCUCUAUGCCAUCAUGUCAAGAUCAAGAUGAUAUGGCUGAGAAAUCUGGAUCAGAGACUCCUGAUGGUCCAUUAUCCCCUGGGAAAAUGGAUGAUAUCUCUCCUGUGCAGACAGAUGCCCUGGAUUCAGUAAGGGAGAGAUUACAUGGAGGCAAAGGUCUGCCCUUUUAUGCAGGGCUUUCUCCUGCAGGGAAGCUUGUGGCCUAUAAACGUAAACCCAGUUCAAGCACAUCUGGGCUUAUCCAGGUAGCAUCCAAUGCCAAGGUGGCUGCAUCCAGGAAACCACGUACCCUGUUGCCUUCAACAUCCAAUUCCAAAAUGGCAUCCUCCUCCGGCACUACAACAAAUCACCCUGGGAAGAAUCUGAAGGCAUUUGUUCCGGCAAAAAGACCAAUUGCGGCUCGACCCUCUCCUGGUGGUGUGUUCACACAGUUUGUGAUGAGUAAAGUUGGAGCCCUGCAGCAGAAGAUACCUGGAGUUAGCACACCCCAACCCCUAACAGGGCCACAGAAGUUCAGUAUCAGACCUUCUCCAGUAAUGGUCGUCACACCUGUGGUUUCUUCUGAGGCAGUUCAGGUGUGCAGCCCUGUAACUGCUGCUGUCACUACUACCACCCCUCAAGUGUUUUUAGAGAAUGUUACUGCUGUGACACCUAUGACUGCUAUUUCUGACGUGGGAACUAAAGAAACUACUUAUCCUUCUGGUGCCACCACUUCAGGGGUUGUUGAGGUCUCUGAAACUAAUACCAGCACCCCUGUAACACCUACCCAGUCUACAGCCACUGUGAAUCUUAUCAAAACGACUGGGAUAACUACCCCUGUGGCUUCAGUUGCUUUUCCUAAGUCUUUGGUAGCAUCUCCUCCAACCAUAACUCUUCCUGUUGCUUCCACUGCCUCCACCUCCGUAGUCGUGGUGACCACAGCUGCAUCUUCCUCCAUGGUGACCACACCAACUUCAUCUCUUGGCUCUGUUCCCAUUAUACUCUCAGGAAUUGAUGGGAGUCCACCAGUGAGCCAGAGACCAGAAAAUGCCCCUCAGAUUCCAGUGGCUACUCCACAGGUCUCUCCUAACCCAGUGAAACGUAGUGGACCUCGAUUGUUGUUGAUUCCAGUGCAGCAGGGUUCUCCUACUCUUAGACCUGUCUCAAACACACAACUUCCAGGACAUCGGAUGGUCUUGCAGCCUAUUAGGAGCCCAAGUGGAAUGAACCUGUUUAGGCACCCUAAUGGGCAGAUUGUGCAGCUUCUCCCUUUGCAUCAGCUUCGAGGCUCUAAUACCCAGCCCAACUUACAGCCUGUCAUGUUUCGGAACCCAGGGUCUGUGAUGGGAAUCCGGUUACCCACUCCUUCUAAACCUUCAGAGACUCCACCAUCUUCUGCUUCAUCCUCUGCUUUCUCUGUUAUGAGUCCUGUAAUUCAGGCUGUUGGGUCUUCUCAAGCAGUGAAUGUUUUCACUCAGGCACCGUCAUUGCUUUCUUCUGGUCCUAGUUUUGUGUCUCAGUCUGGUACACUGACCCUGAGGAUUUCCCCUCCUGAACCACAAAGCUUUGCAAGUAAAACAGGCUCUGAAACCAAAAUAACCUAUAGCUCAGGAGGGCAGCCUGUGGGUACAGCCAGCCUCAUUCCUCUCCAGUCUGGUAGUUUUGCCUUGUUGCAGCUCCCAGGACAAAAGCCUGUUCCCAGCUCCAUUCUUCAACAUGUUGCUUCUCUUCAGAUGAAGAGAGAAUCCCAGAAUGCAGACAACAAAGAUGAAACGAGCUUUUUAAAGAGAGAACAGGAAAAUAAGAAGGCCCUACAGUCGGAAGGGGAAGCUGUAGACUCUGAGGCUAAUGUAACAAAGCAAAACUCAGGAGCUGUUGCCUCAGAAGAAACCCUGAAUAAUUCCUUGGAAGAUGGGGGUGAUCAUUUAGAUGAAGAAUCCCUUACAGAAGAAGAUACUGCAACUGCUAAACCUUCUAAGCAAUCCUGUAUCACUGGGUCACACACAAGUGAUGACUAUAAAGAUGUUGAUGAAGGUGGGAUUAGGAAUCAUGACAGUUCCAAAGAAAAACUGACUGUUCUAGAAAUUAAGACCAUUUCUGAAAAAGCCAGUAAUGUGACAGUUCAAAGUUUAAGCAGUGUGCACCUUAAAAAACUUGGUAAUGUGAAAGUGGAACUGCAGAAAGGAUUGGACAGGCCAGAGGAAAAAUCAAAUGAAUUUCCAGUCAUCUCUAAGGAAGAAUGUAAACUUGAAUUUUCAGGGAGCAUAGUUGUGGAGCAUCAAUCUAAUCCACAGCCAGAGGCAAAGGAGAAAGUAUGUGGAGACGCUCUGAAGGACAGUAUUAGGGAGAGAUGGAGAAAACACCUGAAGGGCCCAAUGACCCGGAAAUGUGUUGGAACUUCACAGGAAUGCAAGAAAGAGGCAGUUGAGCAGUUAAUUAAGGAGACUAAGACUUGUCAGGAAAAUUCCAGUGUGUUUCAACAAGAACAAGACAUCUCUGAUUUACUUGGAAAAAACAGAACUACUGAGAAUACCAGAGUUUUAAAAACUGAAUGUGAUUCUUGGAGUAGGAUUUCUAGUCCCGGAGCUUUCUCCAUUGUUCCUAGGAGAACUACAAAAAGGAGCAGAGAGGAGGGACAUUUUCAAGGUCACUUCCUGCUAUCAGAACAGAUAAAACUGAAGCAGGAAAAGAAGAGUGGGAGAAGCAGUGCUGACUUCAGUGUUUUGGAUUUGGAAGAAGAUGAUGAGGAAGAUGAGAAUGAGAAAACUGAUGAUUCUGUUGAUGAGAUUGUGGAUGUUGUUUCUGACUACCAGAGUGAGGAGGUUGAUGAUGUAGAAAAGAAUAACUGUGUAGAAUUCACUGAGGACGAUGAGGAGCAGGUGGACAUCGAGACUGUGGAAGAGCUCUCCGAGGAGAUUCAUGUGGCCCACAUGAAGGUCACAGCUGCCCACACACAGACUUUUAAACAGCCGUGCCGUACCCAUAUCUCUGCAGAUGAAAAAGCUGCUGAAAGGAGUCAAAAGCCUCCACCAAUGCCUCUAAAACUGAAGCCUGAUUACUGGAGUGAAAAACUACAGAAAGAAGCAGAAGCUUUUGCUUAUUAUCGCCGAACACACACUGCUAAUGAGCGGCGCCGGCGUGGUGAAAUGAGGGAUCUUUUUGAGAAAUUGAAGAUCACAUUGGGAUUACUUCAUUCUUCCAAGGUUUCCAAAAGUCUCAUUCUUACUAGGGCAUUCAGCGAAAUUCAGGGACUAACAGAUCAGGCCGACAAGUUGAUAGGACAGAAAAAUCUCCUGACUCGCAAACGGAAUAUUUUGAUACGGAAAGUUUCAUCUCUUUCAGGUAAGACAGAAGAAGUGGUCCUGAAGAAGCUAGAAUAUAUUUAUGCAAAACAACAAGCACUAGAGGCACAAAAAAGAAAAAAGAAGAUGGGAUCAGAUGAGUUUGAUGUGUCUCCCAGGACUAGCAAACAGCAGGAAGGAUCUUCUGCAUCAUCUGUAGAUCUUGAACAGAUGUUUAUAAAUAACAGAAAGGGGAAACCUUUGAUUCUUUCCAGAAAAAGAGACCAGGCCACAGAAAAUACCUCACCCUCUAACACUCCACACACAUCUGCCAACAUCGUGAUGACUCCACAAGGGCAAUUGCUCACCUUAAAAGGUCCCCUGUUCUCAGGACCAGUGGUAACUGUUUCUCCUGCUCUCUUAGAAGCAGAUCUGAAGCCUCAAGUUGCCAACAGUGCUGUGAACCAGUCAGAAAAUGACGACUUAUUCAUGAUGCCAAGAAUUGUUAAUGUGACAUCACUGGCCACAGAUGGAGGUUUGGUAGAUAUGGGUGGCAGCAAAUACUCUCAUGAAGUUCCUGAUGGUAAGCCUCCUGACCACCUGAAAAACACCGUCAGGAAUGAAGAUAACCCCUUUGAAGAUUCAGGUAGAAUCUCUACAAGAGGCAACCAGAGAGAUGGCAGAAGGGCAUUGAGUCCCACACAGGUUUUUCUGGCAAAUAAAAAUUCUGUUUUUCCACAAGUAGUUGAUGUUUCCAGUAUGCAAGAAGCACAAGAGUUCUUACCCAAAAAGAUUUCUGGUGAUAUGAGAGGGAUUCAGUAUAAAUGGAAAGAGAGUGAAUCAAGACGGGAGAGACUGAAGUCAAAGGAGUCUCCAUUUCAUAAAUUAAAGAUGAAAGAUCUCAAAGACUCAAGCAUAGAGAUGGAACUGAGAAAAGUAGCUUCAGCUAUAGAGGAAGCAGCACUGGAUCCCAGCGAACUGCUAACUAACAUGGAAGAUGAGGAUGAUACUGAUGAGACACUGACUUCUCUGCUUAAUGAGAUUGCCUUUCUUAAUCAGCAACUAAAUGAUGACUCUGUUAGCUUGGCAGAACUGCCGAGCGCUAUCGAUACAGAGUUCCCAGGGGAUGCUCGACGGGCUUUUAUCAGUAAGCUUCCUCCUGGGAACAGAGCAACUUUCCAGGUUGGCCACUUGGGAACUGGUUUGAAAGAGUUGCCUGAUGUACAAGGGGAGAGUGACUCGGUGAGUCCUCUCCUCUUGCACUUGGAAGAUGAUGACUUCUCUGAGAAUGAAAAACAGCUUGCAGAACCAGCCUCUGAGCCAGAUGUCCUUAAGAUUGUUAUUGACACUGAGAUAAAGGAUUCCCUUCUUUCCCAUAGGAAAUCCAGUGAUGGAGGGAAGAGUGCUUCUCGCGUUCCUGCAGAGCCUGAAAGUGUGUCCUCACCCCCCAUUCUACACAUGAAGGCUGGCCUAGAGAACAGCAGCACAGAUACUUUGUGGAGGCCUAUGCCAAAGUUGGCACCUCUAGGUUUAAAAGUAGCUCAUCCUUCCAGUGAUGCAGAUGGUCAGAGUCUCAAGGUGAUGCCUUGCUUGGCACCUGUAGCUGCCAAAGUUGGGUCAGUUGGACACAAAAUAAACUUAACAGGGAGUGACCAGGAAUGCCGGGAGAGCAAGGUGAUGCCUACGCUGGCACCUGUUGUGGCCAAAUCAAGCAACUCUGGGGCCUCACCAAGUUCUACAGGGAAAUGAACUUAUUUAUCCUCAGGCGGAGGCCAAGCUGUGAGGGGAAACCUCCUUUCUCUGUUGGUAUCUGUUUAUUUGUCAUGGGACUGUGAUCCUUGACUUUGAUGCAGUGGAUAAUGGUAGAGAAAGGGUUCUGACCUCGGUAUAAGAAGUUACUACUAUGAAAUUCUGAUCAUGUUAAAAUGUGUUACCUCAUUUGUGGUGCUGGGUCUCUUCAUCCUCUCUAAGAAGAUGUGAUCCAUUACUGAACACGAGGUGCCCCUUUUACCCAAGGAAUUCAUAACGAGAUUCUGAUUCAUAGUGGUUUCCUAGUUCUUCCCUCCCAGAGAAAAAGCUGCUUGAGAGUUUGGACUUGCUAUGGACUGAACUAUAGCUGAUAGCUGUUGUUUGAGUCUGAAAUCCAAGGAAUGUGAUGCACUUGUGCAGAGGGAUCCAGAAGAGAUAGUUUCUUGUUGGUGUUUCAAGAGUAGGGGGGGAGAGGGAUGGGUACCAUGGAAUACCAAAGUGAAGGACUGUGUGUCAUUUAGCAAAAUUCUCUCUUCUUUUAUAUCCCAAGUAGCUUCCCUUCUUUCUCCUUUUCAAUCAGAAUGAUCAAUCCAAGCCUUCUGGUAAAGUAGGAAUGCUUUUAACUUUUAUUACUAAGAUAAUUAUUUUGAGAUGUUAAAAAAUAUACUAGUUCUCCCUUGUUGUCUUUGGGCUUUGAAAAGACCAUUUCACAGUACCAGGGAUUUGUACUUGGAAUAUAUAUUUUGGAGGUAGACAUAGAGGGAACCCUCCCCCUUUCACAAAUCAUGUCACUUAAGAGACAGCUAAAAUAAAAAGCAUUCCCUUCCUAGACCAGAGACAGUGGCCAAAAUAAAAAAUUGUGGGGCUGGAUAUUUCCCAAGUCAAACCAGCCUCCUGGUGCUUGAAGGUUUCAUUCACUUAUUACCUGCAGAUGAUGUGGAGUAAAGGAAAGUCACAGUAGGCACUCUUUACCAGGGAAAUAGGAAGUAUUUGAAUCACAAGAUAUAUUUUUUAUUAUCUGCUACCAUGGAUUCAAUGAUCUGAAGAACUUUUUCACUCAUUAGCUGUCAGGGUAUGAAGGACUGACAGCCUGUAAAGAUAAAGAUAUUUAUAUUUUUGUAUAGUUGUUUUCAUAGAUUUCUCAAAGGCUGAAGUUUUCAACCUAGAAGAUGAGAUUUGUAUUGAGUAUAGAAAUGAUGUUUCCUAUCUAGUUUGUAAAUAAUCAUGGUGCACUUGAGGGGUCUCUUGAAAACUCCUGGGGGCAAGAAUCACUAUUCUGAAAAUGUAUAGACUGGGACUUAGCUGCUGCAUUUUGCCUUUCUUAAAUAAUUAUAUUUUGGAAUGUAACCCAUGUUCUGUCUUCAUUGACAGGAUUUGCUUGUGUUGUUAAACACUAACACAAGAGCUUCCAGUGCCUGGGCUGUGCCUAGGUGACGCUAUUUCCUCUAUAUCCCCUGCCACCUUUAUCCCAAAUCCCACUCAGCAUAUCUUCAGAUCUAGGUUGUAAGACCAACUUUGGAUGGUUUUAGCCAGUGAAUUAUUACUUCCAUGGUUGGUUCCCUUUCUAGUAAAUCUGGUAAUCGACAGAUUGAAAAGGGUGGAAAAAUUUCCUCUGCAGAUUGCAGUGGGAACAAAUUCUUUGUUGGUUUUGUGCUUGUUCAUCCAGCAUUCAACCUUCCCUCCUCUAAGAUUACUGAAGAAGCUUGAAGUGGGUAAUGAGUGCCCUUCAGCUUUUCAUUAUCCUUCCCACUCCUCUUUACCCAGCAGAUUUUAUUCAAUGCCUUAGCCAAGGAGCCCAGCACCUGUCUUCCCCGCUAAUAAUUGUCCUUGGAGAUGCUAGUACUUUAAUCCAGGUAUAGCAGUUUCCCAUUAUUUCCUUGCUUGUCUUGUCCUCAUAUUUCCUCCUGACUUCCCAAGGCUCUUGUUAGGCUUUUGAGGGUCAGCCAAGGAACAGGCAAGUGAGCGAAUACCCUCAGGAAAAGAAGGACCAUUCUGCUCUGAACACUGUUCCCUUUUUUUAUAGAAAAAAACAGGUAAUACUCAAGUUCUUUAUGGGAAGAUAUUUGACUCUGUUUAUGAGAGAUAUACAGAGGUGGAAAUGAGAGAUGAUUCCUGGUGUUCAAGGAAGGCUUCAGAUAUCAUUACAAAUCCCCAAGAUAAUGGUGUUUUCAAGACCUCUUAGAGCUAGGAAGUUAUCAGGGCUAUUUUGAGGAGGGCUCAGUCUUCAGAACAAUCAUGCAGUUUGACAGAAAUCUAAAAUCUCCAAAAACUCCUACCUUUUAACCUUACCCCAGGAAAAACUGAUCUAUGAAAAUUACAUGUGUGAUUAUGAAAGAUGUAGUUGAAUGAGAGGAGUUGAGGAAUCGGGAGAAUAGUGAGCUCUCACCCUAACUCUAAGAAGCAUGAUCUCAGUAGACCAAUAAUUCGCCUUUUUAUACAUCUGUAAAUAAAUGGAAUGUUUUUAAGAAUAUAAUUAUGUCAGAUUUAGCCUUUUCUUUUGUAUAUUAAAUAUAUAUCUUUCCUUUUCUGCUUUUGAAAAAUGACUAUUUUUUUAGAAACCUAAGAACAGAAGAAGUUGGGCGAGUGGAAGGCAGAAUGUAUAAACUUGAAAUAAAUAAAUCAGUUAUAAUAAUUAAA